AUGACAACUUCAAGAAUCAAAAUGGACACAACAGUGGACGCAAAAUCAAUUGGGAAGAUGAUCCAUGCAGGAUGCAAGCAUCAUCAUUGUCGCAAGCACGCCAAGGCAUCAAUCUCGGAGCCGACGCAAAUACCAACCACAACACCAAAGGUUGGAGGGGAAUGGCCUCCAGAGUUCUUGCAUUGUGGAAUAUGGCCACCCCCACAGGAACCGACCGACUCUGAAUCUGAUAUCAAUGCACGUCCCAAACCCAAAGUCAAGGCAGCCGAGAAGAAAGGACCUGUCAGAGUAUAUCCGGACAAUAUACCAGACAUCGACGGGGACGGCAGCGAUAGUGAGUCUGGAUCAGAUGCGUCUGACGACGACGACGAGGGUCAUGACAAGGCCGGCCCCCUUGCGGCGCCAUUGACGGUGGGUUCGACGGAGCUCUCAGAUGCGAUCGACACUUUGAAAGUCGUCGCAAACGGUGCAGAUAAAGACGCGGAUCACACCGGAAAUGAUAAGAUCAAGGCUCCAUACUCGGUGCUCAAGCUGGUCGCCAGGCACGGCAACAGCGACGGCAGCCCGCGGAGGGGGAACGACACUAGCAAGUCCCCACGCAAAAAGCUUUUCGACCAGGAGGUUGUCGCCGAGGGUCAGGCCCGCGUGGAGAUUGCCGAUUAUCUCGACAGCUUGAUCGACCACGGAGAAUACGAGGAAGGGUAUGGCUGUGUAUGGCCACUCGAGGAGUACCGCCGGUCGGGGUGGGCUAAGGAGAUGGUCGCCGCGUACCCGGUCGAGAGUGCCGAGUUUUCCCGCGACUCCUCUGCCACGUACAUCCACCUGCGCGCGUCGCGGCUCGCCGACGUGUUCGAAGAGUUCUGCCGCCCACCCGCGUCGACGGUGUUCGCCCUGUCCACACCGCUCACGGCGCAAACCCACCCUUAUCCGUCAGGACAUGCUGGCGGCGUGGGUGCUGGCGGCGGCGGCAAUGCGCUGCCCAUGCACGGCAACAUCGCUGACGGGAGCGGCAUGACCUCCCUGCCGGGCCACUACCUGCCGUUCGAGGAGAUCACGCUCGCGCCGCACCUGAUGCCCGUCAACCCGGAGGACGAGGACGACGUGGUCCCGGACAUGCACGCCGCAUUCGGCAUCAACCGCGCCCUGAACCAGAACCAGGCCUCCUCCGGCGCCAUCGUCCCGGGCUCGGCUGCGGCGGCGGUCGCGGCCGCUGGUGUCGGCGUUGGCGUCGGCGUCGGCGGUGGAGCAAUGGGCGCGGACGGAGCGACCGGCGAGGCCAGCCAUGCGGGCGCGGCGAGAGAUCCGAUGUGGAGAGAUCUAGGGUUGGAUGCGUUGGUGGCCGAUGCGCCGAGGAGUGGAGUUUCCACGGUCGGCGGGGGGAGCGCUGGACGCAGAAGAGAAGGGAAGAGGACGGGAUUAUUGCUCCUACGGUGAUUGCUGGAACAAGGAAAGCAAGAGGAUGGGCCGCUGUCUCGGUAUUGGGGGUCAUUGGUCAUGAGAAACACGACAGGCAUUAUAUCCCAGGAGCGUUACACCCGACUUUUAUUGGUAUUGAUAGACGCCCGGGAUCAGCCGAAAACAAAACCUCCAUGGGCGGAACACUAUGAGGCCAACCACUAUAUCCUUAUGACAUCGACCCUCCCUCGUUCAAAGACAUUAUGAGCCACAGUUCUGGCCGACUUUUCCUCUUCGGACAACAUGCGCGGAUGCAGCGAGAUCUGGGAACACGUCCCAGCAGCCUUUCGUUUAGACAGUUGUCCUGGGUUGAUUACCAUGACGCUGUCGACGACCUGCAAUACCACUAUCAGCUCAUUCGAAGUUAUUAGAUCAGGGUGGCUUGAUUUCUUCAGACGUACCUUGACAGAAGGAGUCAACAUGCUCGGUAGAAUGAGCACGUCAGGCUUGACUUGCAUCCAUUCACCAAGCUUGAGAUAUCCCACAUCCAGACACGCGCCGGUGGCUUUCACCACACCGUUACUGGACAGCUUAUCCCUUGGCAUGGGCGGGAAAAGCGGGAAGAAAUGCCGCUGGUCGAUCAAAUACCCAGGCAAUCUGGUCAAAAGAUCUUGCCCAGGACCAUGGGACAAUUGCUCUCGGCUGAGUUCGUACAGGAUGUCUUGUGACGAGACUCCAAAAACAACCUCGUUUAGUGAAAUGAAAGACGGGUUUGGAAGCAUGGUAACCUGCUUGGGCAGAGCGAGGUCUUUCUUCGCCAGCCUUUCUUGUGGCCAGCUGACGUGUUUGCUCAUCAAGUCCCGAGUGCUUGGGAUCAUAACCACUGUGAUGCCCGGGACGGCAGAACAGAGGCGCUGUAGAGGCGUGGAAAUCCAGAGUCGGAAGAGGGCUACCAGGCUGGCCUCAUGAUCCAUCCCUCGCACCUCUGGCAAAUCGAAAUCUCCUGAUGCAAGCAUCGGGUGCUCAAUGUCGAGAAAGGGGCCAGCCAGUAUGAGAGCAUCGGCC